CGGUGGCCACUAAUAACUGUAGCUGUCACAGGGCAGAGCCCAUCUGUUGUAGACAAGGAAGGCCUCAGUUCUCAAUGGUGCAACUCCCUUCAGGCUGGCACUGGGGCCAAUCCUCCAAAUAGUUAAUUACGGUCUUAGUUUGCUACUUGUGGCAGGUCCCUUUGUGCAGUAGGAUGUCUCCCAGGAAACAAUCUGCAAGUAGAGAUUCACUGUUGUACUAUCAUGAAGGUAUUUCAUAAGAACAUCUGGGAAAGGGAUUAAUAGUUCUGGUUUGAUAGGUCUUGUCUCCACUACAAAAUUAAGGCACAACUUUGAAAAGUCUAGUUAAAUAACAAUGCUAUCCACUACUUUGCAGUUAGCAUAGCCAAGGGUAAAUCCUGUUCAGCAUCAUGUCAGCUAAUCAUGGUUAAACCUUGGUGCAGCACUACCUUAGUGCUCUGGUUCUCACUACAUCCAGGAGGCCUUGGACACGUGAAUGGGGCUGGGCCCCUGCAUGCUGUUCAUUUAUAGUUUUACACAGCACAACAUGGUGGCAGAUAUGCAGUACUGCAGCUUCUCAUGGAAUUCAAUGGCAAAACCGGCAAUGCUAGCUUGUUUUUUUUCCCCCCUUUUGCUUUUUCAUGGGUGACUAGACUUGUAGCCCCAACUUUCUGCUGGCCAGAAGACGCUAUAGUGACAGAUUGUUUUAGUUAUUAAAACCAAACACACAUACAAAAAAGGCAGAAAAAAGAAAGGGAAGAAAAAUCAGCCUGGAAAGGUGGAGGGGUCUGAUUAGCUCAAGUCAAAGAAACGUGGAGCCAAUGCUCUAAUGCUAGUCUCCAGUACCCUCCAUCUACACAAGGCAUUUUAAGCCAGAUUGAUUUAAGGUGUAGAGCUUUUUCACAAAACUAGACCCAGGGUUGAGGGGUAAUCAUUAUGUGACUGGUACGAUCUGAAUUUCUGCAAAGCAAAAUGAGAAAUUAUUUUAAUCGUGUUUUAAAUUAAAAACAUUAUUCUGGAAAUAUAAUAGGCUCAUGUCUGGUUUCUGUUGUUCCCUCCUUCCCUGCUCUAAAAUAAGAUUACAGCCCCCUGGUUGUAGCAUGCUGCACACGGUGUAAACCAACAGAACACAUGUACAUUCAGACAUCUGAAGAAGAUAAUGUGUUAUAAUGAAAUGGGGGCAUUAGGGCAUAGAACAUUGAUUUGCUAAAAUAAAUCCUCUGAUGUCAUCAGAUUCUGUGUUACAACAAAGAGCUGCCUCCAUUUUUCAUUCUGUUUAUUAACUUUAUUCUAAAGUGUUGCUUAGUUACUAACCUGAGGGAUUUUCUUCAUAAUCAGAAUUAAAACUGUUGCUUUCCAGCUGUUUCCUAUUUAAUUUCAGAGCACACAGAUUUCUACACACAUUGAAGAAAGUUAUUAAGUACAACUUCUUGAGGAGUCAUUGAAAGUAUGUUUAAGAAGCUCCAAGCUUGUUAUGAAACUUUCAUCAAAGCCUUUUUCUCUUCUGUGAAGGAAGAGCCCUACAAUCCAACUGACAGCAUUUUUCAUAAGCAAAAAAUUGUUAGAUAUGGCACCGAUGUGAGGAACACACAACUACCCCUUGAACAGAGAGCCCAAGCUGCAAAAAAUAUUGGACUGCUAGUGUACACAGGUGGGCCAAAUGCUGGACUAUGCGCAUCAGAAUACAUCCAGGACCUAACUGAUAUCUUGAACAUGCCAGACACUUCAGCAAAUGUGAGGAUCCUGGUGCUCCAAGGGCUGUGCGGUAUUUGCUAUAUAAAUUACAGUAACCAAAACAAGGUAAAAGAUCUGAAUCUUGCGGAUAUUCUUCUUGCUUGUCUCACUGAAGAUGAAGAUUCAUCCCCAGCUAGCAACCAUAUUACCGUGGUUAAGUUCUGGGUUUGUUACCUUCUGACUGUCCUUUGUUGCCACAAUAUCCCUUACAUUAGAAUACUCCAUGAAUUGGGAGGUCAAAAGCUGGUAACAAAGCUGAAAUUCCUGUCUAGCAUGGAAUGGUCUGGCUGGCCAGAUAAUUAUGCAGAAGUACUGUUUUCCCUUUUGGGGUUUCACAAAGCUCAACUUACUUCUGGUAUUUAAAAUGAAAUAACCCUCUCAAAGAUUGUUAUAAUCUAUGAACUAUUUACAUGGCAUAAUAAAGAAAAUGAAGACAAAUUAAAUAAUGUCACUCUUCUUCUUCCCCAUCCCCCAAUAACGAGUUUAGAAUUAAAAAAAUUAACAGGACCUAUCUCAGCUCCUAUGCUCAUCCAUUAUUCACCCGCUCCCCCCACUGGAAAGUCAGGACUACCUUACAGAACAGGUAAUCUGCCAUCAGGUUCAUUUUCCCCAGCCAAUGCCUUACCAAAAACCUCUCUUAUCCUUUCCCUUUCUGACACACCUGCAGAGUAACUUGAAAGGACUCCAGACUAAUACGCUCUUGAAUAGUAGGCUGGAGCAGGGGUUAGGGUGAUCUCUAUGUAGCAUA